UUUAAAUCAUAAGAUGCAUGUUCGUACACCUUCGUAUCAAGAUGCAUUACUUUUUGAAAAACCAAAGAGCGGUACAGCACGGCAAAGAGCACCAGCAACUACAGUAUAUUAUAUAUGUAUUUUUGUACCCACUCUAAGUAGUGUAUAACUAAGUACAUAUACGCUUAAAAUAUUUCAUUACUCAUCCUCUUAGCUGCCCAUUUUGUCAACCGUUUAAUGCUCCAAAAGAGUGGCUUCCUCUUCCCGAUUCUACAUUUAUAUAUAAGCUUCUUUCACUGUCAUACCUCCACCCCCACCUCUUCUGCUCCCUUUUAUAUAUACUUCAACAACACUUUCUCUUUCUCUUUUUCUUUCUCCCAUCUUUUUCGCGUCUAAACAAUUAAUAUGAAGAAUACUAAGAGGAACUUUCUUGUGGCAUCCCUUAGCAAAUGGAGAAAGACGGGAAGUAAAGUCAUGCCUUGCUGCGAGUACCAAUAUUGGGGUUUGUGGCCUUCCACGCAUGAAGGGAAGUCGAUUCCAAGAGAUGUCCCAAAGGGUCAUUUAGUGGUCUAUGUAGGCGAGAACAAUAAGCGGUUUGUAAUCAAGAUUACCUUACUCAAGCAUCCACUCUUCAAGGCACUGCUGGAUCAAGCUCAGGAUGAAUAUGAUUUCACUGCUGGCUCCAAACUAUGCAUUCCUUGCGAUGAGAACAUUUUCCUUGAUGUUGUUCGCUGUGCUGGCUCCCCACGGGAUCGAAAGAUGUGUUUGUGUCUUUAAUAAUUCAUCUGUUGAGUUUUGAAGAAAAAAAUUAAUUGAUUCAUGAGGGUUACACUAAUGCUAAUAUGUAGACAUGAUAUUGCUGUACACUUUGUAGGAUUGUAACAUACAGAUUGUCUAGCUCAUAAUUGCAAUUCAAUUCAAAGUAGGGUAAUUCUGUUCUGCUUUCCCA